GGGAAGGAGGAGGCAGGCGCGGCGGCGGCGGCGGCGGCGGCGCCCGGGGCCGGCGGCGGAGAGGGGGGUGAAGAUGGCGGACGUGCUCAGUGUCCUGCGACAGUACAACAUCCAGAAGAAGGAGAUUGUGGUGAAGGGAGACGAAGUGAUCUUCGGCGAGUUCUCCUGGCCCAAGAACGUGAAGACCAACUAUGUGGUUUGGGGGACUGGAAAGGAAGGCCAGCCCAGAGAAUACUACACAUUGGAUUCUAUUUUAUUUUUACUUAAUAAUGUGCACCUUUCUCAUCCUGUUUAUGUCCGACGUGCAGCCACUGAAAAUAUUCCUGUGGUUAGGAGACCUGACCGAAAAGAUCUACUUGGGUAUCUCAAUGGUGAAACAUCAACAUCGACAAGUAUAGACAGAAGUGCCCCUCUAGAAAUAGGUCUUCAGCGAUCUACUCAAGUCAAGCGAGCUGCAGAUGAAGUUUUAGCAGAAGCAAAGAAACCACGGAUUGAGGAUGAAGAGUGUGUGCGCCUGGAUAAAGAGAGAUUGGCUGCUCGCUUGGAGGGCCACAAAGAAGGGAUUGUACAGACUGAACAGAUUCGGUCUUUGUCUGAAGCUAUGUCAGUGGAAAAAAUUGCUGCAAUCAAAGCCAAAAUUAUGGCUAAGAAAAGAUCUACUAUCAAGACUGACUUAGAUGAUGAUAUAACUGCUCUUAAACAGAGGAGUUUUGUAGACGCUGAGGUAGAUGUGACCCGAGAUAUUGUCAGCAGAGAGAGAGUGUGGAGGACAAGGACAACCAUCUUACAGAGCACGGGAAAGAAUUUUUCCAAGAAUAUAUUCGCAAUUCUUCAGUCUGUAAAAGCCAGAGAAGAAGGGCGUGCACCUGAGCAGCGGCCGGCCCCAAAUGCGCCGCCCGUGGAUCCCACAUUGCGUACCAAACAGCCCAUCCCAGCUGCCUACAACAGAUAUGACCAGGAGCGAUUUAAAGGAAAAGAAGAAACGGAAGGCUUCAAAAUUGACACAAUGGGCACCUACCACGGUAUGACCCUGAAGUCUGUAACGGAGGGUGCGUCUGCCCGUAAGACUCAGACCCCUGCAGCACAGCCAGUACCAAGACCAGUUUCGCAAGCAAGACCUCCCCCAAAUCAGAAGAAAGGAUCUCGAACUCCCAUUAUCAUAAUUCCUGCAGCUACCACCUCGUUAAUAACCAUGCUUAAUGCAAAGGACCUUCUACAGGACCUGAAAUUUGUCCCAUCAGAUGAAAAGAAGAAACAAGGCUGCCAACGAGAGAACGAAACUCUAAUACAGAGAAGAAAAGACCAGAUGCAGCCAGGGGGCACUGCAAUUAGUGUCACAGUUCCGUAUAGAGUAGUAGACCAGCCCCUUAAACUUAUGCCUCAGGACUGGGACCGGGUUGUAGCAGUUUUUGUGCAAGGUCCUGCGUGGCAGUUCAAAGGUUGGCCAUGGCUUUUGCCUGAUGGGUCACCAGUUGACAUAUUUGCUAAAAUCAAAGCCUUCCAUCUCAAAUACGAUGAAGUUCGUCUAGACCCAAACGUUCAGAAAUGGGAUGUGACUGUGUUAGAACUCAGCUAUCACAAACGCCACCUGGAUAGACCGGUUUUCUUACGGUUCUGGGAAACGCUGGACAGGUACAUGGUAAAACAUAAAUCCCACUUGCGAUUCUGAGUUCCUUGGUUUCCCCUUCUUCUGGAACUCUGGAUGAAGAAGCAUGGAUAUGCCUUGAUGUAAAGACUGAGAGUCAAGCUUUAUGAAUUGAUCAGAAACUUACAAUUGCAGAAGGUCACAGAACGAUCGCAAGACCUCAUUUGAUGCUUAUGCUUCAAAGGGAUGACGCCUGUCAUUCAUAUAAGCAAACUUUUUGGCUUACAACUAUUUUUUUAAUACUAGCCUUCUAGCCUGUAAUGGAAAUUGUAUAUUUUGAUAGAAGUUUUUUCCUCCAUUGGUUAAACUAGCAUUACUUAAAAUUUGUUUCUUUAGAAAAUAAAUACAGGUUAUAAAUGUGUGUAUAUUUAGAGGUCAUCAGGCUGUCUAAGCCAUCUUGCUAAUGAUUUUUCAUUGCCCUAUAAUUCCUUUUAUUGAAAAGACUAUGUUAUGAAUGGUAUUAAAAUUUUAGUUUCUGGAACUUGCAAAACCAAGCAAAGGGAUGUGACUAUUUUGAAUGAAUCAAAAUGUCAAUCUGUAUGUAUACUAUAUCUAUACUAACUUUUUAUUUAAAAAGGAAUAAUGAAAAAUCAAGAACAAUUCUUAAGCUUUGGUUGAACUGUUCAGCCUUUUCAAGACUUCUUUACUUAUAUUGAAUACAUUUAAUGAAUGUACAUUCUUCUCACUGAAUUUGGUGAUUUUAAAACUUAGAAUGAUAUAUUUCUAUCUGUGAUAUCUUUCCACUUGAAAAAUCUCAAAACACAGAUUAAAAACCGAAUAGGCUAUAGUACUUUUUAUUUGGGGAGCCAGAGUAUGAUUUGGGGGAAGGAAAUCUUUUAGUCCUACCGCAGGGUAACUUGAGCUUCCUUACCUUUUGUCCUCAGUCCACCUUUCUUUCUUAGCUUGUAGGUGUGGGAUUUUGAGUCUUCAGUUUCUAGGCAUGUUGAGUGGAGUCCUUAUCUUCCAUUAUCUCAAAGUAUUGAUAAACUCUCCCAGGCACCAAAGAACUCAUUUGCUUAAUUCUCUGAACAGAAACAAGAUAAAACACUGGUAUUUUUAUGUGCAUAUUCAAUAUCGAAUGAAAUAUAAAACCUAUAUUUUAACUUAGUAAAAUAUUUUACUACUUCUCUACGUUAGAUAGCGUGUUGCAUCUGAGGUACAAUGAAUGAACAUUUUUUUUGAGUCUUAAUUUCACCUUUUAUUACUUAAAAGCAACUUGGAACCUUUACUGCCCUACAGAGUUUUUGCCGUUACAAUUGUUGCUGAUCAGUCGUCUUACAUCAUUUCUUCUCCAAUUUUACCCCGCAGUGAUCUCCCUUAGGUGAACAUAUUUUUUGGGGUUAAACAUUUAGCUCCUGCUAUGUUAAGCUAACAUUACCUAUCUUCAUUUUGAAAUUUAAUGCUAUCAUAAAUUUAGAGAAGCACUUAUUUAUUUUUUAACAAAAAGUCCAUAUCAGUGGGGAAUAAAAAAAAGUAUUUAUUCAUAUGGAAUUCACUGGGUUUUUCAGAAGAUAAUUAGUCAGCAUUUAAAAUUAUUAGAUUUUAGGAUAUUUAUAAGAUUUGAACAGAUUCUGCCCCCCCUUCUUUUCUGUAUCCUCUCUUGAAAAUAAAACUAAAAUUUGUUCACAUUAGAAUAUCUCAGCAUAUAAAUCUGUUUUCAAAAUAAAUUAUGUAUUGUAUGAACUUUCUCCAUGAUGAAAUAGUCAAGAACUAGAAUCUGUAAUAUUUUAAUGUGAGAUUAUUUGUUAAGACUACUACAAGUGGACACGAACUACCUUUCUAUAAAGAUUUUUAGUAUUUAUACUUAUGUCAUGUAUGAAAUUUACUUGAUACAAAGUGUGGUUAAAAUUGGGAACAUUUACUUUAAACAGGGUUUAUUUUUCUAUCUUGAAUUUGCCUUAUAUAUAUUAAAAGGCUUCUUGAAAUACUGUAAGGGACAUUAGAAAAAGUACAAUAUAUGCCAUAUAUUUUCAGAUCAGACCCUUAGGGUAUAUUUUCUUUUUCUUUUUUCUUUUUAUGACAGUUCAGUUCCUUUCUUUAAAUCCAUGCAAUUAAUUUUAUAGGCAUUCAUUAAAAAAAAACAAAAAACUUUUAAGGCAAUCACUGUUCAUUAUCUCAUGACUCCGAGUCCUACAGCAGCAUCCAUCACAGUGCCUUGCACAUAGUAGGCAUUCAGUAAAUAUUUAUAUACAUGAAUGAAUGAUGUAUUUUCAAUGUUAACGAUUUAUUACAAAGAGUACUUUGACUAGUUGGUCUUGGAUUUUGAAAACUCAGAGCUAAAGACAGUGAAUAGGCAUACGCAGAUAUUUUCAUGGAAAUGAAGUGCACAUUAAUGAACUUGUCUCACCCAUAAGUGACUGUUAGCGGGAGACCUCCUUGUCCCACUGGUAAAAGAAAACUCCAUUUCUUCAGUCAUAGGACACUCCUCUGAGUCAGGUACCAGUGAGAAGUUCUUAGCUUUCAAUCAGUAGCUUUCAAUCCUGACUGCACGUUAGAAUCACUGGGGGACCUUUGAAAAAUCCCGUUGCCUGAACCCUGAUCUGAUUUCGUUUGUCUGGGACGAGACCGAGUCAUCAGUAUAUUUUAAAAGUUCUUCAGAUAUUUUUAUGUUCAGAAAGGAUUGCGAAUCACUGGUUUAAUUUGUUAUUGAAGGCAAUACCAGUAUUAAAUGUUGUGUUUUUUCCUCUUUUUUUUUUUUUUUUUUAAAUUUUUUUAUGUGACCACCCUUUGCACUAGACCACCCCAUUAUUGGUGGUAUCGGUCUAUAGUUCCACGUGACCAAUUUCAAGUUUUAUUUAUUUAAUAUAGGACUAUUUUGCUGUUUAAUAUUUAAACAAUGUUUAAUAUAUUUCAUUAUAAAGUAGUAAUACAGUUUAUGAUUUGUUUCCCAUGUGUCCAUAUCCUUUACUGACUUUUUUUUUUAACAGCAGCAUGACAUCAAUCCAUACAGAAAUAACUAAUUCAUGAGGAAAAUUACAUAAUUUUGAAGGUAGAAGGAAGUAUUAAUUUCUUAUCUGCCGUGCAGAAUUAGACAGUUUGCUUAUGAAAGGAAAGAAGCAUACUUUUUAAUUGGUCUACCCAGAAAAGUAAAAGUAAAUUAUUCAUAUAAAUAAAAUUCGUUAUCUAAUAAACAAUGAAGGAAAUAUUUUUCCUAAAUAAAAAUUUUUGUGACUCCUAACAAAAUUAAAGCGAUGACAUUGUUCUUUUUUGGAGGGUGGGGUGGGGGUAUUUAGUUGCUAUAUUUCUUACUGUAUAGUACAACAAUUCCAUUUUAUCAGUGUCAACAGUAGAAACUGAUAGGGUAUACGUACGUGGCCAGAAAUAAUGCCAACUUUGCCAGUUACCUGAUAUCUUAAGUCUUUCUUGUUGAGUUACUUAGUUUAUAAAAUUCUUGGUGACCAACAGUAAAAUUCAACAAUUACAAAAACUGGUAAAAAUGAAAAAAAAAUUUAGCCUUAAUAUUACUUGACAAUUUUUAUUCACUCGGAUUUGAUAUUCAACUGGUUUCUAACCAUAGUAUAUUAACUUGAGAAAUAAAAAGGGAGAAAUGACCGAAUUUGACUUGAGAAUUGGAUUAGAGAUUUCAAAACGCCGUGUUCCAUAUGCCCUGACCACUUUUGGAUGUACGUUGACCCCAGAUGGUAUCUUUAAUAUGUUGGGAUAAUAACUAAGGAAAAACUGAAAAUGUAUAAUAGAUGUAUAAAGAAUUAUACUUAGUAAAUGCAUAAUCAGUAAUACUUUCAGGUUAUCGAUCUGUUUGGGGUUAUAUGUAUUAUUUUAGUAGUGUUUACAAGAGUAUCUUGGGAGUUAUAAAUGUGUGCCAUUUAAAUGAAUAAAGCUAAAUGAAAUAAACUAAUUUUAUUACCUAAAUUUAAAAAGUUGGGGAUACUAUGUCAAAUUUAAGUAAAUGACCUGUCAGAAUUUUUUUCCAUUUUAUUCCAUUUGUAUCCAUUUAAAAUUUACUAAAAGCUACCUAACCUCCAAGUUUGAUUAUAGUGCUUAGUAUGGAAUGUAGUUCCUGUACAUGGUGCGAGCACUAUAAGUGAUUGUUUAGCCUCCAGUGUGUACUGUUUCUCAAAAAAAGUUGUUCUCGAAUGGAGCUUAAAUUUGGGCUGUGUGACCUGAUAAAAUGUUCUAUUCAUUCUGAUUCCGUUUCAGUGGACUUUUACAUUUCAGCUUUAAUUGUAAAUAAAUAAAACAUUCUGUAGCACAU